GCGUCGUGUCCGAGCGCGCGACAGGACGGGACGGGACGGUGUUGAGUAGGAAGGAGUCGCUCUUUCACACAGAAGCCGGCUCCUGUGUGUGGAGAAGGAUCCAGUGGAGUGUUCAGAGAGGCUGAGGUUCAGGAUCAGGACUUUUGGAGAAACCAGUUGAGUUGCCGGCCUGUUUGAGGGACUCCUGCAGGAUUUCUUGUAGGAAGAAGGUGAGCAGAGGCGCUGUGGCUAAACGGCGGCCAUGCACCGCUUAAGGACUACAGUAGCAAGGCUUCGGCCUUUAGCGGCGACACAGACAGUCCAGAAUGUCCCGCAGGUCGGAUCAUCAUCUGCGCUCCGUGGCAGUUUAAGGACGUUUCAGCUUGUGCGGCGUCUGAACACAUCUGUGACUGCCGAGCCCUUUCUCAAUGGCACCAGCUCUAACUAUGUGGAGGAGAUGUACUACGCGUGGCUGGAGGAUCCCAACAAUGUGCACAAGUCCUGGGAUGUAUUUUUCCGCAACGUUAAUGCAGGCGUUCCUCCUGGUGGAGCCUACCAGAGCCCUCCCCCCCUCAGUGGACCUUCUCAGGGACUGACCAGGGUCCAGCAUCAGGUGGGGGCUGGACAGAACCUGGAGAAACUGGUGAAGGAUCAUCUAGCAGUACAGUCACUCAUACGAGCAUAUCAGGUCCGAGGGCAUCACAUAGCCAAGUUGGACCCGCUGGAAAUCAGCUGUGUGGACUUUGACGAUGCUCCGUGUACCGUUGGUCUGCAGAACGUCGGUUUUUAUGGACUGGCUGAGUCGGACCUGGACAAAGUGUUCCGUCUUCCCACCACCACCUUCAUCGGUGGCAGUGAAAGCACUCUGCCGCUCAGAGAGAUUGUUCAGCGCCUCGAGAUGGCGUACUGUCAGCACGUCGGAGUGGAGUUCAUGUUCAUUAACAACUUGGAGCAGUGUCAGUGGAUCAGACACAAGUUUGAGACUCCAGGCGUCAUGCACUUCAGUCUGGAGGAGAAGAGGACUCUGUUGGCCCGGAUGAUCCAAUCCACCAGGUUUGAGGAUUUUCUGCAGAGGAAGUUUUCCUCGGAGAAGCGUUUCGGUCUGGAAGGCUGCGAGUCGCUCAUACCAGCGCUCAAGACCAUCAUCGACAAGUCCAGUCAGAGCGGCGUGGAGAGUGUGAUCAUGGGAAUGCCUCACAGAGGUCGUCUCAACGUGCUGGCCAACGUCAUCCGCAAAGACCUCGAACAAAUCUUCUGCCAGUUUGAAUCCAAGCUGGAGGCUGCGGAUGAGGGAUCAGGUGAUGUGAAAUAUCACCUGGGGAUGUAUCACAAGACGAUGAACCACGCGAGCAAGAGGGACAUCACAAUGUCCCUCAUGGCGAACCCGUCUCACCUGGAGGCGGUGGACCCUGUGGUGCAGGGGAAGACCAAAGCUGAGCAGUUCUACUGCGGAGACACCGAGGGCAAGAAGGUGAUGUCCAUCCUGCUGCAUGGAGACGCUGCAUUCGCAGGACAGGGCAUCGUGUACGAGACCUUCCACCUGUCUGACCUGCCCUCCUACACCACCCAUGGCACCAUACACGUGGUGGUCAACAACCAGAUCGGCUUCACCACAGACCCCAGGAUGGCUCGGUCAUCGCCGUACCCCACAGACGUAGCUCGGGUCGUGAACGCUCCCAUCUUCCACGUCAAUGCCGACGACCCGGAGGCCGUGAUGUAUGUGUGCGGAGUAGCAGCCGAGUGGAGGAACACGUUCCACAAGGAUGUUGUGGUAGAUCUGGUGUGUUACAGACGGAACGGCCACAAUGAGAUGGACGAGCCCAUGUUCACUCAGCCACUGAUGUACAAGCAGGUCAAGAAGCAGAAGGGAGUCCUGCAGAAGUUUGCUGAGAAACUCAUCACUGAUGGAGUCGUCACAGCACAAGCAUACGAGGAGGAAGUGGCCAGGUACGACAAAAUCUGCGAGGAGGCGUACGCUCGCUCCAAAGACGAGAAGAUCCUUCACAUCAAACACUGGCUCGACUCACCGUGGCCUGGUUUCUUCACUCUGGAGGGUCAACCUAAAAGUAUGAGCUGCCCUUCGACCGGCAUCAGUGAAGAGGAGCUCGGCCACAUCGGAAACAUCGCUGCCUCAGUCCCGGUGGAAGAUUUCACCAUCCAUGGAGGGUUGACUCGUAUCCUGAAGGGCCGCGCUGACAUGCUGAGUCAGCGAGUGUGUGACUGGGCUCUCGGCGAGUACAUGGCCUUUGGCUCUCUGCUCAAAGACCGGAUCCACAUACGUCUCAGUGGACAGGAUGUGGAGAGGGGCACUUUCAGCCACCGGCACCAUGUUCUUCACGACCAGAACGUCGAUAAGAGGAUCUGCAUCCCCAUGAACUACAUGUCACCUGACCAGGCUCCUUACACUGUCUGCAACAGUUGUCUGUCUGAAUAUGGAGUACUGGGUUUUGAACUGGGCUUCGCCAUGGCAAGUCCCAACGCUCUCGUCCUGUGGGAGGCCCAGUUUGGAGACUUCAAUAACACGGCUCAGUGUAUCAUUGACCAGUUCAUCAGCUCGGGUCAGGCCAAGUGGGUCAGGCACAACGGCAUAGUGCUGCUGCUCCCUCACGGCAUGGAGGGAAUGGGUCCAGAGCACUCGUCCGCCCGUCCUGAGAGGUUCCUGCAGAUGUGCAAUGAUGACCCUGAUGUUUUCCCUAAACUGACGGAGGACGUGGCGGUUCGUCAGCUGUACGACUGUAACUGGAUCGUCGUCAACUGCUCUACGCCUGCAAAUUACUUCCAUGUUCUGCGCAGACAGAUCCUGCUGCCCUUCAGGAAACCUCUCAUCGUGUUCACUCCAAAGUCGUUGCUGCGCCACCCAGAGGCCAGGUCCAGCUUCGAUGACAUGCUGCCAGGCACCUCCUUCAAACGUGUCAUCCCUGAUGAUGGACCUGUCGCCUCCAGCCCAGAGAAAGUCAAGAGAGUCAUCUUCUGCUCCGGAAAGAUCUACUACGAGCUGAUUCGUGAGCGAAAGAGCAGAGGCAUGGACGAUGCUGUCGCCGUCGUCCGCAUCGAACAGCUCUCUCCUUUCCCCUUCGACCUGGUGAAAGCUGAGACCGAGCGCUUUCUCAAAGCGGAUCUCGUCUGGUGUCAGGAAGAGCACAAGAACCAGGGCUAUUAUGACUAUGUCAAGCCCCGCCUCCACACCACCAUCCACUCCACGCGGCACCUGUGGUACGCUGGCCGCGACCCCGCAGCAGCUCCAGCCACCGGGAACAAACACACUCACGUCACAGAGCUGCAGCGUUUACUCGACACGGCGCUGGAUCUCGAGGCUUUCUCACCAAACGUCUAGUCAGCAAAACUCACCGUGGAGCGGUCCGUCUUCACACGUGUUUUUGAGCCACAGUUUCCUGUCUGAGUCACACCUGAGGAAACACUCAGCGACACCAUCAUCACCAUCCUCCUCUUCCUCACACACACUGGUAUAGUGAACUUAGAUUGAGAUGGCGCGAGAGGUAAAGUGACUAUUAUUUCAUUUACUAUAUAUUUUUUUGGUUAUUUGUUUAAUCUUCUACGCACUCUGGUACAGAACAGUAUUUCUGACUUUCCUCCAGGUAUCAGCAGGAAGCUCACGUACCACAAUUUGUGAAAUGCUGCAGAGCAGGUUGCUGUGAUUGUGUAACUGAUGCUCACACUUUACAUUACAUGUCAUUUAGCAGCGAUUUUAUCCAAAGUGACUUACAAUUGAGUACAAUCAGCCGGGGGUGGAGACACUUGACUUAUCGGAAAGAGCAGGAAUGUCACUGAUCUUGCCAGACACGGAGGAGGGAGUGACCCCGUUGCCCUGUGUCACGUGUGUCAGGUGUGCACGCAGAGGUGAUCCUAGACUCUCAGGGUCAGCUUAAUGGGGCCCCUUCACCGUCCCUCCCCACCCUCAUCACCUGUGUACACCCUAACCCUCAGAGAAAUGUGCGUGUGCCUGGUGAUGUCCUGUCGGUGCUACCGCUAACUGAGGAAACUAGAUAUCUAAAGAGUUUAUGUGAUUUGGUUUUACUUCAUAGUUACAGUUCAGUUUAUUUAGUGCACAUUUGCUCAUGUUUUAAAAAACAUAAGAGUCAUUCAAGUGUUGUUCAGUGUCACCUCACUUACAGCUUCACUUGAAUAUGAGUUUGUGAUUUUACUGCACUCUAAUGUUAAAGAAUAAAACAAAGUAGUUUCUAAUGUUACAUGAUAAGCACAGGGGACUCCAGAGUGCUGGGCCCCAAAGUCUAAUUCUGCGUCGGGCUCCGUGAAAGCUUGUCUGGGUCCUGAGGACGUAAAUGUAAAAUGUCAAGUUUACCGUUUGUAUCUUUUGUGACGUGUGUCAACAUGUAAGAGGUUGUGGGGGAAAAACUAUUUAAAGAUUUUAAAUAAUAACAAUAAUGAAUAUGGCAAAGUUUCCAAAGUGGAAAAAUACUAAUUAAAAAAUAAACACUAAGUGUGUGGCACCAGGCUUGGGCCCUGAUGAUGUGUUGGUGCUGAAUAACUCUCUUAAAAACUCACAAAUAUAGAGUUUGAAUGUAAAUUAAAAUGCAAUAAAAUAAAAAUGUA